AUGGAACGAGGCGCAACACAUACCGUCACAGCACUCAAGCGAUGGUCAUGUCAGGACCCCACCGUACUGCCCGACAUGGACAAGAUCAGGGCCAUCCACGUCUACGACUUUGACAACACGCUCUUCUGCAGUCCGCUGCCCAACAAGCAGGUCUGGGCCAGUCCGAGCAUAGGAACCCUGCAAGCACUCGAACAGAUCUCGACCGGCGGCUGGUGGCAUGAUGCGAACAUUCUGGCCUCGACGGGCAAGGGUGCAGAAGACGAGGAGAAGACGGCCUGGUCGGGCUGGUGGAACGAGAACAUUGUUGAUCUUGUGCGUCUGUCCAUGGAGCAGAAGGAUGCCCUUACCGUUCUCUUGACUGGUCGCAAUGAGCGAGGCUUCGCCGAACUCGUCACUCGCAUGUUCAGAGCAAAGAAACUCGACUUCGACAUGGUCUGUCUGAAGCCUGCCGUUGGUCCUUCUGGCCAGCGCUUCUCGUCGACUAUGCUGUUCAAGCAAGACUUGCUGCGCGACUUGGUCUGCACCUACUCGGACGCCGACGAAAUUCGCAUCUACGAGGAUCGCCCGAAGCACACAAAAGCAUUCCGCGACUUCUUCGCAACCUUCAACCGCUCCGUCUCCUCACGCUCCCCCAUUCAAGCCGAUGUCGUACAGGUCACUGAAGAAUCCACAACCCUCGAUCCUAUGGUAGAAGUAUCAGAGGUCCAACGCAUGAUCAACACACACAACCAAGCCGUACUAGAUGGACAAGUACCCGGUCUACACCCCCUCUGCAUCAAACGCAACGUCUUCUACACUGGCUACCUCAUCUCUCCCUCCGACACCGAACGCUUCGCCGCCCUGACAAAGAACACCUCUGACCGUGACUGGCGCACUCUUGCCAACAACAUCCUCAUCACCCCACGUCCCGCACCUCAAAGCAUCCUCAAUAAGGUUGGAGGCCUGGGCCACCGCAUGACAUGGCGCGUAACAGGCCUCUCCCACUUCGACAACAAACUCUGGGCUGCAAGAUGCGAGCCCUCCGACCCUCGAGCACGCUUCUACUCGGAAAACCCAACUCCUACCGUCGUGAUCUCCCUCCGUAACAACGCUCGUCCGAUCGAUGCAAAGUACAUCUCAAACUGGACGCCCGUCACUGCCGACCAAUCCUUUGAAUUCGAAACGGUAGUGGGAGAAAAGGUGCUGUUGCGCAUUGAAAGAGAAACAGCCGAUCAAGACGACUAUGCUCACAAACCUCAACGCCAGCAACAACGCAACCACCGCGACGAAGACUUCCCACCUCUGGGCUCUGAAGCUAAAGAUCCCCAAGCAUCUCUUCCCUCACAACUGGACCCUACAGCAAUGCAAUUCGGUCCCAACGUCCCCACUGGCCCUGGCCAAUCUUACAACAGCAGAGGCAAUUACUCAGGCCACAACAACCGCGGUGGCGGAAUUUCCAAGCCAAACGGCAACAACAGAGGCGGCAGAGGGGGAAGAGGAGGCAGAGGCAACAGAUCUGGCGGCAGAGGCGGCAGAGGUAGGGGAAGAGGAGGUAAUUAUCGAUCCUUGGAUGAUCGCCAGGAAAGUUAUGGUGGUGCGGGCAUGCAGUAUUAG